CAAGCGACUAUGAUUAACCAUCUCCAAACUCAGGCACUUGCCAAAUUUCUCUCCGCUCUGCUCCCUGCAAAGUGGCCCAGCCCUUACUCGGUGGCGCCUGGCUAUGCUAGCGCUCGGCUCAGCCUAUCUAUUCUUUGGGCUCGCCCCCUCUGCAUGCACGGCUCCCGUGUUUGGGAAGCAUGUCUUGGGCCAGUCUAUAUGGGCUUAUUCCGGUUUCAUUGUUCCCCGAUUGCUGGUGGACGGAAGCAGCAAUUCUGCGCAGCGUCCCAGUCCGAGCUCGCAUCGGAGGGUGUGUUGUUGGUGCGGGAGAAAGCUGUUGAUUUAGAGGAAUGUUAGUUUCCAUUGGAGGCGGCUGCAUUCGGAUCCACAUGUUCUUUCCAUCGGACCUUCAUCUUUCCUCGAUAGCAGGCUCAUAGACAUAGGCUCCGUUUGGGUGUGUUCGAGCGGAUGUUGCAAGGAAACACCAUGACUGGUACCAGUACACCAACUCUGAACCUCCGGCCGUUGUCACGUGUGUUAUCAAGUCAUGCACAGGAAGACAGCUUUUGACGGGUAUGAGCCAUAGUCAGUGGUACGGUACUGUAAAACAAUCGCGCUGACAACAAAAUUUACCCAACAAACUCUCAGAAGACAGUUUUUACCCCACCUACAUAGUCUAUAUCGCAACAUCGAAACGUCCUCCAUGGUACCGGUGGCCCUCCACUCCGGAACAUCCAACCCUCGUUGCGCUCAUGAAUCAACAGACUACCAGGAUAAACCCCUCCCACCUCGCCAGGAUCAGGUUCCUCUCCCAGUCCAGGUGUCACAUGGGGCCCCAAAGAUAAAAUUUUCUGUGGUUGGGAUCUGCUGCGGACAUGUCGGUAUCAUGGUAUCGACCCCAACGAGAUGGAACUGGGCGCUCCUGACCUCAUGAGCGUGUCCGCACUGGUCAUGCAUUGGCAAACUCCAGGGCCUAGCUGCAGCCCCCAAACCAGGAACAAAUCCUCCGAAAACAACAUUCUGGCCAACGGCCAACUACAAUGUCAUGAAUACCGCCUGGACCUAAUCCUGGUCCCGCUCCAGUCCAGUCCUACAAUACUCGUCUGUCUUCGGUCCCGGCUUCUAGCCAGCACUGGAGCUACACGAGGACCUGAACGAGGGUUCGAUGGCCGUUUCCGCACAUCAAGUCCAGGCGGAGAGCACUAGCUAGAACCAACACAAGGAACCACUCGAGGUCCCAACAUCAGGCAGGUCCCACCAAACAGACCAAAUCCAGGCUCGUCAUGGGCCCAGGUCGCUCACAAAACGGAGCAGCCUGUCCGCCGCAAGGAUGACAGUGGACACGGCGGUCUCCUUUGACGUUUGUCAUUCAAUAUAGGAUUACGUAGCUAAAAAAGAUCCAUGAACUAGCUAGCCACGCCAAGUUUUUACAACUGACUCUCGGAACGCUAUCUUUCUAGCUGAGUUCCCAUCGCCAACACUGGACAUUCACAAGACAGUGAUGGGCAGUGAUGGGCAAAUAAAUGAUGGACGCCAUUCCAGAAGCCCAGGAUCUUGAAUGACGACUAUUCUAGCGACAACGAGCUCUUGGGCAAGCUAGAUUUCUCUAAAUUGCAUCCAACGAGCCAACAUUUGAUGUUGGAAGACGUGGAGCUUGUCUCGCUUGGAGGAAGGUGUGGGUUGUCUGGUCAGCUAAACUGACGUAUGCGUUUCUUUUCCGCCUCCAAUCGAGGAAAGAUACCAUGAACGACUGAAGGAUUGUACUGAACGUGCUACAGUGAAUUUCGGCCAAGCCCAACAUGAAAGAGCCUCCAUUGAUUGCCCGUUCCGCGAGAAACCUACACGUCGCCUCCACUCAUUCUGAUUUGCCCAGCCCAUCAAGGGGCUUGAUGGCAACAUCAACUUUUUGCAAUUGAUUACACGCCAACCUUUUUAGACCAUCGUCUUGGAGCCGAGGUACCGCGUUCUAAGGGAGAAGUUUUUGUGCCUGCUAAGGUUGAAGGUCACAAUUUUAGAACAGAAAAAGAUAGAAAACUUCAAGAUGAAAUUUACCUCUGUUUUGUUGAGUGUUGCCUUUUUGGCCAGUGGAAUCGAUGCCUUUGUGGCUCCAGCCCAACGAUUUGCCAAGAACAGCAUCAAGUUGGCUGCUACCAUCGAAGGAACAGUCUCAACUCCAUUUGCGGACGCCACUGUGGCUGCUGUGCCCAAGGUUGCUCAGCGAUGGCGCAAGUCCACCAAGCAGGUUGCCACCUUGGGCCCUGCAUCCAGCUCUGUUGAAAUGAUUGAGACUCUUUUCUUGGCUGGUGCCGAUGUGUUCCGUCUUAACUUCAGCCACGGAUCACAGGAACAGAAAAAGGAACUUCUUGAUAUGAUUCGUACUGUGGAAGAAAAAUAUUCUCACCCCAUCUGCGUCUUGGGUGAUUUGCAAGGUCCAAAGCUUCGCGUGGGUGAAUUUUCCAACCCCAAUGGUGAAGUCCUGGAAGAAGGCCAAAUCUUUCGAUUUGAUCUGGAUGAAGCCAAGGGUGACAACAAGCGUGUUCAGUUGCCCCACCCCGAAAUUAUUACCGCCUCCGAGGUUGGUCAUAUUUUGAUGAUUGACGAUGGAAAAGUCAAGGUUGAGGUUGUGGAAGCCGGUGGCGAGUACUUGGACUGCAAGGUGAUUGUCGGAGGAAAAAUCAGCAACAGGAAGGGAGUCAACACACCUGAUUCCAUCCUUGAAAUUAGUUGUUUGACACCCAAGGACCGAUCUGACUUGGACUACAUGCUUGGCAUUGGUGUUGAUUGGGUUGCCCUUUCCUUUGUUCAACGUCCUGAAGACAUUGAAGAGAUCCUUGAAAUCAUUGACUCCAACACUCCAGAAGGAAAAUUCAAGCCAUGCGUUAUGGCCAAGAUUGAGAAACCGUCUUGCUUCGAAGGUGAUAACCUUGAGAACAUUGUCAAGCUCUGCAAUGGAAUCAUGGUUGCCCGUGGAGAUCUUGGUGUUGAAUGCCCACCUGAGGAUGUUCCUAUCCUGCAAAAGACCAUCAUUGAUGAGUGCAGGUCCCAAGGAAAGCCCGUUGUUGUUGCUACGCAAAUGCUUGAGAGUAUGAUCGAAUCCCCAACUCCCACUCGGGCUGAGGCCAGUGAUGUAGCCACCGCUAUCUAUGACGGAGCUGAUGCUAUCAUGCUUAGUGCCGAAAGUGCUGCCGGAAAGUGGCCCGAGGAGUCCGUCACAAUGCAACAACGAAUCAUCAACCGAGUGGAGAGCGACCCCCAUUACCGAUCCUACCUUGAUGCCAACGCCCCUGAACCGGAAGCAACACCCACUGAUGCCAUGAUUGUUGCUGCCCGUCAAAUCUCAAAGACUAUCAAUGCCAAGGCUCUUGUUUCUUUCUCUCUACGUGGAAGCACUGUGCUCCGUGCUUCCAAGAAGCGACCUUCUGUUCCCAUCAUGGCACUCUGCCCCUUUCCCGAAACUGCCCGUCAGCUUGCCUUGAGCUGGGGAGUUUACCCUGAACUUCCCAAGCCUGGAUCAUACGGCUACCAGGUGGAAGACGAGAACAUGAUGGAUUACUCGGAACCAACUGUUGAGACUGCUCCCUCUGACUUUGACCUGAUCCUUCGCAACGCUUGCAAGGCUGCUUUGAAGAAGGGCCUUGUCUCCGACCCCAGUGACCUUUUGGUUGUCACUGCAGGGCUUCCAUUUGGAACUCCUGGAGCCUCGAACAUCAUCCGUGUUGUGCCUGCUGCGGGACCUGCUUGCUGGGACGGAGUUUGCUCGGUUGAGGCUUAGAUGUGCAGUGCAGCAUCGUAUACAUAAACUAAGACUAUAUAUCCAUAGAUCGAUGCACGUUGCGUUCCUCUCUUGU